UUGAGACGUUACAGAACAGCCUUCUCCAGGCAGCAACUGGCAAAGUUGGAAAGGGAAUUCUUGAAAGAGAAUUACGUUUCAAGACCCAGAAGAUGCGAACUGGCUGCUUCACUUAAUCUACCGGAGUCGACGAUAAAGAUCUGGUUUCAGAAUCGUCGAAUGAAGGACAAGAGACAACGC